UGGGUCUGCUUUAGAAACAUGGCUGCGGCCAGUGUAGUGGGUGCCUGCAGGAGAGUCUCCGCGUUCCUGAAGGCUGUCGGUUCCCUAGUAAGUCCCCAGGCCCCCGCGCGUUCCGGGUUUUCUCUUAGUUUGUUGCAUAAGAACACACCACAUGUCACAUCUUUUCUCCAGUGUAAAUUACUUCACACCACAUUGUCAAGGAAAGGACUAGAAGAAUUUUUUGAUGACCCAAAGAACUGGGGGGAAGAAAAGGUCAAAUCUGGAGCUUCAUGGACCUGCCAGCAGCUAAGGAACAAAAGUAAUGAAGAUUUACAUAAACUUUGGUAUGUCCUUCUGAAGGAAAGAAACAUGCUUCUAACUCUAGAGCAGGAGGCCAAGCGACAGAGAUUGCCAAUGCCAAGUCCAGAGCGGUUAGAAAAGGUUGUUGAUUCCAUGGAUGCCUUAGAUAAAGUUGUCCAGGAGAGGGAAGAUGCUCUAAGGCUUCUUCAGACCGGGCAAGAAAAGGCAAGACCUGGUGCUUGGAGAAGGGACAUCUUCGGACGAAUUAUCUGGCACAAAUUCAAGCAGUGGCCUCUACCUUGGUACCUAAAUAAAAGAUACAACAGGAAACGGUUCUUCACGAUGCCUUAUGUGGAUCACUUUAUCAGACUAAGACUUGAGAAACAAGCUCGGAUUGAAGCAAGAAAGAAAAGUUUACAGAAAAAGAAAGAAAAAAUUCUCCAGGCAAAGUUCCCACACCUAUCUAAAGAGCGGAAAUCAAGUACUGUCUAAGAUGAGAUCCAUAAGUCCAGUUCUGUUCUUAAAGCACUCUGGGUCCUGAUGUGAAUGUCUGUUAAGCAGUUUAUAAAAUAAUGCUCUUGUUCAAAUGA